GUGAAAGUGAGGGGAGGCCGCCACAAUUGCUUAGUCACGGAGUUACAGCUUUCCCCUCCUUCCUAUGUAGCGAACUGCUCGAAAACCCAUGAUGGAGGAAUUGAGCUAGUCUACAUUGAGGAGCGGUCAUAGGUUGGUGACAACAAAGUCUUAUCAUCACGUCUCUGCACCAUCUCCUGUACCCAGUGAACUGCUUCUAGGCUCUGGAGAAAACCGUCCCUCAACUCUCCCCUCUUCGUUCCAAGACGCUCCAAGUGGUGCUUGUGACUCAUCUGGCAUUCAACUGUUGUUGCUGUUUGGAGCUGCUGACAGCUUCACCCUCAGCGUCUCAUCUGACCCCCCUAAGUGCUGCGCUUCAUUUCUGUCCUUCUGAAGGAACAGGAGACUUUCUGUUCCUCCUCCAGGAUCAUCUAAUCGUUUUGUAGCACUUUGCAUAAAUUUGUCACAGCUUAACAUCACAAGGUGAUUCAGAGGUGAAAUAGGCAGUCUGACGCUUUUAAAUCAUAAGAAUGAUUAACAAGUGUCUUUCGACAUCGCCGAGAAGUGGAAAGGUAAACAGUUGUGUUGCCUACACAAACAGCUGAACUAAAGUGGAUUGCUGAGUCAUCGUUCAACGUUAUCUUUCUGCAAAGUUGGACAAAACAACUUUAACCUGAAUGAUUUUCAUCAUGUUGGAACUGUGUGUGACGACACACUCGGACAUGAGCUGCAGCUCACACACGCCGCUCCUGUGAUGCCAUAGUCAACAACAUGACUGAACUCGGGUGCUGAACAGUGCAAGAAUACCUUAGAAGGACUUUAAUUUGGACAGAAAUCAGGGAAGCUCUGGAGGAUUUAAUUUUACCCGUGUCUACGCGUGGUGCAGGGAUGCCCCAUAACGCUGCUCGCUGUUCCUGAGAAAGAGCUGGAAGAGGUGGAGAAGGUCCGUAGGAAAUGACAGAGUGUCUGACAGAAUGCAAAGCGCUGGUGACUCCAUCCACGCGCAAUGGUCACCGGGUCUUCAGCUACACGCUGGAGAGUCACACUUCAGCCGCCUUCGCCAUCAUGAACGAGCUGCGCCUGGAGCGCCAGCUCUGCGACGUAACGCUGCGUGUGCGCUACAAAGACCUGGAGGCGGUUGACUUUGUGGCCCACAAAGUGGUGUUGGCCUCCUCGUCACCCGUCUUCAGGGCCAUGUUUACCAACGGCCUGAAGGAAUGUGGCAUGGAGGUUGUCCCCAUCGCAGGAAUUCACCCCAGGGUUAUGGACAGACUGAUAGAGUUUGCCUACACUGCCAGCAUCUCUGUGGGGGAGAAGUGUGUCAUCCACGUGAUGAAUGGUGCGGUCAUGUACCAAAUCGACAGCGUGGUCAAGGCCUGCUGCGAUUUCCUUGUCCAACAGCUUGACCCCAGCAACGCCAUUGGCAUUGCCAGCUUCGCUGAGCAGAUCGGCUGCACUGAGCUCCAUCAGAAGGCCAGAGAAUACAUCUAUAUGAACUUCAGCCAGGUAGCAACCCAGGAGGAGUUCUUCAACCUGUCCCACUGCCAGUUGGUCAACCUCAUCAGCCGCGAUGAGCUCAAUGUGCGGUGUGAGUCCGAAGUCUUCCAGGCAUGUGUGGCCUGGGUGCGCUAUGACCGGGAGAACCGGAGACCGUAUGUCCAAGCCUUACUCCAGGCUGUCCGCUGCCACUCCCUCACCCCUAACUUCCUGCAGACCCAGCUCCAGUCCUUGGACUGGGACCCUCAGUGUAAAGACUACCUAUCCCAAAUCUUCCAGGACCUCACGCUCCACAAACCCACCAAAGCAAUUCCUUGCAGGACGCCCAUGGUGCCGCAGCUGAUCUACACAGCGGGGGGUUACUUUCGUCAGUCUCUCAGCUACCUGGAGGCCUACAACCCCUGUACUGGAGCCUGGCUGAGGCUGGCAGACCUGCAGGUACCUCGCAGCGGCCUGGCAGCUUGUGUGAUCAGUGGGCUUUUCUACGCUGUCGGGGGCAGGAACAACGCGCCAGACGGGAACAUGGACUCCAGUGCUUUGGACUGCUACAAUCCUAUGAACAACUGCUGGCGUCCGUGUGCACCGAUGAGCGUUCCCAGGAACCGGAUCGGAGUCGGCGUUAUCGACGGCAUGGUUUACGCUGUUGGUGGUUCUCAUGGGUGCAUUCAUCACAACAGUGUGGAAAGGUACGAUCCAGAGAGGGACCAGUGGCAGCUGGUUGCCCCCAUGUUGACGCGCCGUAUCGGUGUGGGCGUCGCCGUGAUCAACAGGCUGCUUUACGCCGUCGGGGGGUUUGAUGGAGCCAACCGGCUCAACUCCUGUGAGUGCUACAACCCUGAGCGGGACGAGUGGAGGACCAUGGCCCCUAUGAACACCGUCCGGUCUGGAGCUGGAGUGUGUGCACUUGGCAAUCACAUCUACGUCAUGGGCGGAUACGACGGCACCAACCAGCUGAACUCGGUGGAGCGCUACGACGUGGAGGCCGAUACGUGGAGCUUCGCUGCCUCCAUGAGGCACAGGCGCAGUGCUCUGGGAGUCACGGCCUUACACGGACAUAUUUACGUCUUGGGUGGUUAUGACGGCACCACAUUCCUAGACAGCGUGGAGUGUUACGACCCAGAGACGGACACCUGGUCGGAGGUCACGCACAUGACGUCGGGCCGCAGUGGCGUGGGCGUGGCCGUCACCAUGGAGCCGUGCCAAAAGGGUCUGUCGCAGCCCUCUGAGGAUUGCCCGUUUUUGUCAGGUGGUCAGCCUCCCAGCUGGAGUAGCAGCAACAGCCAAUGCCACGGCGAAGCCUUCCACAAAGAGCCGUGAAGCUCAGAGCGGAUGUUUCCGGUUUAACUCUGCCCUGAUGCAAACUGGGACAGAGAUGAGCUGAAGCACCACAUCCUGCCUGACUGAGUGUAGAGAAUAAAAAUAAACACCGCU